AUAAUAUUAUACAGCUAAAAUUCCAAAACUAAAAAUAACCAAUGCUACCCCUAAAGGAAAGUAAGGCUAUAAGCAAUUAAAUAAGGAUAAUCUAUUAGCUACAAAAAGACCAACAGUUAAAGCAUGAAUGCCUAACAGAUAAAAGGGAGUUAUAAAUUGUAUAAGGCCUAAAUAAACAUAAAUAGCUAAGGAAUCUCCCACUCCAGGAGAAAAAGAGAAAAAGAGAUCAAGGCCUUAAAGACCCCUAAUAGAUUAUUAAUGAAUAUGACUAAGUUCCAAGCCCUCUAUAAGAGCCCUUGUCACAUUAAGUUGUUUGACAUCUUCUCCAUCGACUGUCCGCCCGAUCAUGGCAGGCCUACUUCUCAUUACACACGAGGUCGGCCGAAGCCGACUUGUACGGCUAACUGCGGAAAAGUCGCCGAUCCAUCCGGAGAACACCAGUCUACAAGUACCUGUGCAACCGAAACGCAUACGACAUGCCAGACCUCAAGCGGGUCGACCAGCUGCAAUACAUACGUAGGUUGUGACUGUGUCACCUCCACCGUUACGGAUGUUUGGGUUUCUUGCGAGUCAACCUCAUGCACCACGACAAGCUCCAGCGUCAACACAGGUUGUUACGUUACUGCCACGACUACGACUACGGGCGAAUAUUGUCCUAUCUUCUCGGACUAUCCUGCCCUGCAAGCUGUAGAUAUGUUCCCCGACGGUGUUACGAUCAUUCAGACGACAGCCCCUUAUCCACCGUCAGUGAUAUUUGGCACAUCCCGAGUCACCGGGACGAGCGGCACCGCCGUAGUGGGAAAAUCGACUAUUACCCUGGUCACUAUUUCAGUAACGACCAUCAUUACAGUCGAUGGGACCACGGCGACGCUUUUUCCCAGAACCACUCGGUCUAGGCCUUGGAUCAAUGACUGGGACGCACUGGGCUUGGUGCCCCCUAGCAUUGGUGAAGAGUUGCCCCCAGACACAUCCACGUCUACAACCACCAGUGGCGACGGUACGCCAACAUCACCGCCUGUGAUCGCGCCGCCAGGGGCACGACCUGUGUGGAUGUUGGCAGGCCAAUCUAUCCCCGGAGUUGGGCCGUUCCCCGUAUCAAGAUUCACCUUCAACUGCGCCAACUUGGAGGACUUUGACCCAGAUACUAUGUCUCUCGAUCCAUGCGAUCUCAACGGCAAAUGGGAGAUUGAAGCCCCCAAAGGGCUGGAUGAUCUAGAUACGGACGGUCUGGAUGACAUAACAGAUGUCUUUGGUGACACAUGCUCUUUCGUGAGCUCUGUCGGCGGGCGUGACUGGGAAGACGUCGACUUUGGUGCUGAGAUAGGUUCUUUGACGAACUGCGGUAAGUGGAGCGAUGCCAAAUGCGUCAAGUAUCUUCUGAAAUCUGGCAAUACGAAAGAUUGCGGUGGUAAUGUGAAGUCAACGGAGCUAGGCCUGUGUACUUGGGACUAGAAUGUGAGCAGAAAUUGGGCAGGCGUAAUUAACUAUUUUACAUGUACUCUAGGGACUCCCAAACCUAAAACACCGUAUUAUAUAUACCUGACUACUCAAUUAUCUAGCCUAGUGCUUCUUUGCCCCUGGCAGUCUAGUCUCGAACGUCAAAAACGACGCCGUUAGACGUUCGAGCAGUCUAACGGUUAUUAUACAGCCCCGCCUACGUACAACAUCUAGUGA